AUGGCUCCCUCACAAAUGGAACAUCAGCAACAACAAACUUUGGGCCAAGGAUACACCCACAAAAAGUUCAACUGCGGUUAUUCACACAAAAAAUUGGGACUACGCUUAAGACAGCGUGACCAGGAGAACAAAGAAAAUCACCAGCAACUCGUUAAAACCAACAAAUCAUCUUCUAAAAAUCUAUUCCGUCCCUAUGCUUUGGAUGACAACAAUACACCCAGAAAACGUAAACUCUCCCGAUCAUCAGAAUCUUCUGAGGAAAACUAUAGUACAACACCUGUCAGCUCGCCACAAUGCUCACCUACACCUGCUUAUCAACCACAAUACCAGCAACAACAACCACAAUUAGCCGCUGCCACACCCCCACAAACUUGUGCCUCCCCCGCCUUGAGCCCCAAUUCCUAUGCCAUGCGUUUGCAAAGACAACGUGCUGCCCUCUACAUGCGUUAUAUGGCUCAAAUGCAGCAACAACAGGCUGCUUUCCAAGCUGCAACUGGUUAUCCUAAUGUAACCAUGGGUUAUCCCAAUGUAACAGCUCCUAUUUACAAUGGCUGCUAA